CAGCAGCAGCUCCGGCUCCCGGGGAGGAGGGGCGGGAGCUGCUGCUCCAUGGGGAGGAAGGGCAGCCCUCGAUCCCCCCAGGCGGAGGGGGGAUCCCGGGCCGCCUCCCCCCCCUCUCCGCUCUGGGCCUUACCUGAGGAGCUGCUGCUCCUCAUCUGCUCCUACCUGGACGCGCAGGCCUUGGGCCGCCUGGCCCAGGUCUGCCGCCGCCUGCGCUUCCUCAGCAGCCGCGAUGUCCUCUGGAGGCGCAUAGCCCGCGGCUGCCUCAACUCCGGCUUCACCCAGCUCGGCACCGACUUAGCUGCUGGCAUUCCAGUGAAGGAAAGGGUGAAGGUAUCUCAGAACUGGAGGCAUGGACGCUGCCGGAGGGAAACAGUCCUGAAAUGGAAAUGCAAUUUGAUGCCCUGGAUGGAGCUGGAUGGCGAGUAUCUCUACCUGUCUCAAGCAGAGAACAUUCAGGCCUAUCAUCUCUGUGCAGAGGGGACAGGUUUGCAGCAUCACCCUCAAGCCAUCUUUUCUGGCCACCAGGAGGACGUGUGUCGUUUUGUUCUUGUAAACUCCCACAUUGUCAGUGGAGGGGGAGAUGGCAGUAUUGUCCUUCACAAGGUCCAUGGCUCCUACAGCGUCAAGUUCUCUGCACAUGAACAGGAGGUGAACUGUGUGGACUUCCAAGGUGGCCUCAUUGUCAGCGGCUCCCGGGACCGAACAGCAAAGGUUUGGUCCCUGUCCACGGGCAGAGUUGGUCAGUGUCUACAUACAGUGGAGACAGAGGAUCGAGUGUGGUCCAUUGCUAUCAGCCCAUUAUUAAGCUCAUUUGUGACGGGGACAGCCUGCUGUGGACACACCUCACCUCUGAGAAUCUGGGACCUUGAGAGUGGUCAGCUGUUGACCUGUUUAGGGACUGACUUCCACCGUGGAGCUGGAGUCCUGGAUGUGUUCUACGAAACACCCUCCCUUCUCCUUUCUUGUGGGUAUGACACCUACAUCCGCUACUGGGAUAUACGGACCAGCACCAGGAAGUGCAUCCAGGAGUGGGAAGAGCCCCACGAUAGUGCCCUGUACUGCAUAAGGAGUGAUAAGAACCAUAUGAUUGCCAGCGGCUCUUCCUACUAUGGUGUGGUGCGCCUCUGGGAUAAGCGGCAGACUCGGUGCCUGCAGAGUUUUCACCUGUCUUCACCCACCAGCAGCCCAGUGUACUGCCUUCGUUUCAGUACCACCCACCUGUAUGCUGCCCUGGCAUCAGCCCUGCACGUCCUGGACUUCACUGCCUCGUGAAGGGCACCACAGCUGCUUUUGGUGACCCCAGCUCAGCAGAGCUGACACUUGGCUCAGGGAAUUGCAGGGCAGGAGAGGUGAGAAAGGCCCACAAGGCUUCUGAAGGGACUAUUUUGCCUUCCAGAAAGCUACAACAAAGAGUGUACAAAGGGCCAAACUUUCUCAACCUUACCUGCCUGUUAUUGAAAAGAAUAGGUCAGUUGUCCUUUACCCUUUUUAUUUUGUGCAAGUCAUGAAUUAUUUUAUUAACUGUGUUCCUUUUUUUUUUCUUUUUCCUUCCUUUUAUUUUCCUGUGGAUAUAUCAUUUGAGAGGCAAGUUGUGCCAGGAUGACCCAUCAGCUGUGUGCUGGUCUGUUUGAGAUCAGCCAAGUUCUAAGCAUGUGAAGCAAGAUUAGGCUGUGUGUGGGGUGGACUGAUUUGGUGGAAAGGUGCCUGGAGCAAGGCCCACCUUUUUUCUUAACUUGCUGUUCUGACAGCUGCUUGUGUUGUCCUUCACAGACAAGAGCAACAAUUGAGCUAAAAGGCAGAGCCAGCCCUGCUUUCAGUGUGCCUCCCCAAGCUGGCCAUCAGGUCAGGCUAUGCACUUGGCAGGGCUGUAAGGAUCGUG